CACACACUUCCUCAAACAGUCCGUGUGCCGCUCUCCGCUCAGCACACACUGCACAGACCGAGAAAGGAGCUCACCGACGACUCAACUAACUCCCGGAGCUUUUCAGAAGGUGAGACUUCACCAUGGCUCCGUUCCUGCGGAUCGCCUUUAAUGAUUUUAAUUUGGGAAACCUCCCUCCUCUGGCUGAGCAGCCGUUCUGCGCCAUCAAGAUGAAGGAGUCUCUCAGCACAGAGCGGGGAAAGACUCUUGUCCAGAGGAAGCCCACCAUGUACCCAGCGUGGAAGUCCAGCUUUGACGCUCAUAUCUACGAGGGCCGUGUGAUCCAGGUUCUCCUGAUGAGGACAGCUGAGGAGAGUAUCUCUGAAGCCACCGUCGGCGUGUCAGUCAUCGCCGAGCGCUGCAAAAAGGGGAAUGGCCGCGCUGAAUUCUGGGUAGACCUGCAGCCCUCUGGGAAGGUGAUGAUGUCGGUGCAGUUUUUUGUGGAGGAUACUGACACAGAAUGCAAGCAGUCAGUGAAGGAAGAGGACGGGAUUUUAACGCUGAACAGAAGGAGAGGAGCCAUCAAACAGGCCAAAGUUCACUUCAUCAAAAACCAUGAAUUCACCGCCACCUUCUUCAAACAGCCUACCUUCUGCUCCGUCUGCAGAGAGUUUGUUUGGGGGCUUAACAAACAAGGCUACAAAUGCAGACAAUGCAAUGCGGCCAUUCACAAAAAGUGCAUUGAUAAGAUCAUUGGGAGAUGCACAGGAACUGCGACCAACAGCCGAGAUACUGUGUUCCAGAAAGAACGCUUCAAGAUCGACAUGCCACAUCGCUUCAAGACGCACAACUACAUGAGCCCCACCUUCUGUGACCACUGCGGAAGUCUGCUGUGGGGAAUGGUCAAGCAGGGCCUCAAAUGUGAAGACUGUGGGAUGAAUGUCCAUCAUAAAUGCCAGACAAAAGUAGCCAACCUCUGCGGUAUAAACCAGAAGCUCCUAGCUGAGGCUCUGACUCAAGUUAGUCUGAAAUCUUCCACCAGGAGGCCUGAUCCCACUCUGUCAGACAUCGGCAUCUAUCAGGAUAUAGGCAAAAAUACUCCAGCGGACCCUAGUGCAGAUAGCAGUCAAUAUGGGAAACUGUGGGAUGGUACCACUCCAACAGCGCCCUCCGCCUCCAUCACACACCAAACACGCGUCACCUAUGACAGCUUUGUGUUCCACAAAGUGCUGGGCAAAGGCAGCUUUGGCAAGGUGCUGCUGGCUGAGCUGAAGGGCCGUGGCGAGUACUUUGCAGUGAAGGCUCUGAAGAAGGAUGUGGUACUGAUGGAUGAUGAUGUGGAGUGCACCAUGGUGGAAAAGAGGGUCCUAGCAUUAGCCUGGGACAACCCCUUCCUCACACACCUCUACUGUACCUUCCAGUCCAAGGAGCACUUGUUUUUUGUUAUGGAGUAUCUCAACGGAGGUGAUCUGAUGUUCCACAUUCAGGAUAAGGGUCGUUUUGAUCUCUACAGAGCCACGUUCUAUGCAGCUGAAAUUAUCUGUGGCCUGCAGUUCCUUCAUUCCAAAGGCAUCAUUUACAGAGACUUGAAGCUGGAUAAUGUGAUGUUGGACAAAGACGGCCACAUUAAGAUAGCAGACUUCGGCAUGUGUAAGGAGAACAUGUUUGGAGAGAACCGAGCCACUACUUUCUGUGGAACACCCGAUUACAUCGCACCAGAGAUCUUACUGGGGCAGAAAUACACAUUCUCAGUGGACUGGUGGUCGUUUGGAGUGCUGGUGUAUGAGAUGUUGAUCGGUCAGUCACCAUUCCAAGGCGAUGAUGAGGAUGAGCUGUUCGAGUCGAUCAGGAUGGACGUCCCUCACUACCCACGUUGGAUCACCAAGGAGUCCAAGGACCUUCUGGAGAAGCUAUUUGAGAGGGAGCCGACCCGCCGACUUGGCGUUGUGGGAAAUAUCCGAGGACACCCCUUCUUCAAGACAAUCAACUGGUCUGCACUGGAGAAGCGAGAGGUGGCUCCACCCUUCAAGCCUAAAGUGAAAGCCCCCAACGACUGCAGCAACUUUGACCGCGAGUUCCUAAGUGAGAAGCCCCGCCUUUCACAAGCUGACAAGAACCUGAUUGACUCAAUGGACCAGACGGCCUUCGCCGGCUUCUCCUUCAUCAACCCCACGAUGGAGACCAUUCUGGAGAAAUGAAGGGCCCAUCCAUCCAGCACUGUGACCAAGCCUCCACCCCCUCACCAUUCUAACCAGUCAUGCACAGAAAUGCAACGGGGGUUGAAACCAUUGAAACCAGUGUUCAAGGAAUACUCCAGCACUGUACAACCUAAUCUGUCUGCCGCAUCUGUAGCAUUUAGCACAUUACCAGAGACAAUAAUUUGCUCAAAAGACUCAAAAGAUGCAAAAAUUUAGACACCACAGUCAAAUUACAUUUUGUUAACUUAUUUUCACGUAGAAAAUGAACACAUCCUCUACAGAGAACACACUUCUGCACAUUUUGAUGCACAACCUCUGUUUAUUUGCUGAAUUUAACAUAUUGAGGGGAUAAAACAAGAAACAUAAAAUGUUUCCUGUGCAAAAUUCAUGCCAUAUUCUAUAUUUGAGGUUUUAUAUUUUACAAUAUGUUAAACUCAGCAAAUACAUGGAAAUUGUGCAUAUGCCAUAAUUAAGUCUGUUCCCUUUAGAGGAUGUGUUAACUUAUUUUUACUUAUAAAAUCAACAAAACAUGCUGAUGAGUUGUGCUUGAGCUAUAGUGUAUAACUUUAAACUUAAUAUAACUUGCGCCUGUUCACUGACUUGUGUUAUAAACACAUUUUGAGUCAAUAGGCUUCCUGUAAAUUAGGUAGUAAUCAAAUGCUACAGAUGCAGAAAAUAGAGAUUAUUUUGAAAACAAAAUGCUAGAAUAUUCCUUUAAAUGUACCCUUCCGCAGGGUCUAAACCUCAAGUGCUCAGUCCAGCCCUAGAAGGCCAAGGCGCUCUUUAGACUUUUCCUUAACCUGAAUUCCUCAAAGGCUUUGUAAUUAAUAGAUUGUUUAACUGAGGUGUAUUGGAGCACAAAACUACAAAAAUGGAGCAGUGCUAUGGACCUCUAGGACUGGAUGUGAGUAACACUGGUCUACUUACUCAGCUUGGUCAGAUAGAGUUGUAUAUUGUCUACAGAUAUUUUGACUCAGCAAAACACUACAACAUCUAAUUGCACUGACUGGGCUACUUUAUUGUUAAUGUUGUGAGCUCAUUAUUGAGAGCAGCUGGCAGUGUGCUGGGUCCAAACAAAUGCCUGCAGGCAAUUCCCCCCCCCCUAGUGACUAAGUUGAGUACAGCUAUGUGUAUUUUUUUUUCUUCAUGAUCAAAACUUGGAAUCAAAUGAACUGUAUAUUUAUGUACUGUAUUUGUUGGAUUAUAGGACAGACAUGCAAAUGCACAUAUUAGGCUUAAAGCGGAAUUCUAACAAUUUUUCAAAGAUUCCGCAUAAAUUAACUGAGGAAAAGUUGAUCAGAGUGGUUUGAUGUGAAAUGGUGCAUAGUAGAGAAUCUUACUGACCCAGAUUUCUUUACAGUAGUGUUGAUAGGAUCACAAUGCCUACAGUGCUAACAUACAUUCUUCAAAAUGAUCUACACUUGUGAUUUUUACCAGUAAUGUUGAUUGUGGCAAAUCAAAACAUACAUUUUUGGGGGACGUUUUUGCCCUACAUGUAUUUGUCCACCAUGAAUGUAUUUAAAAAAAGAAAAAAAAAUUACUUCAAAAUUUUUACACCAAAAUCUUACAUGAAAACUAGUGUGAAACAAUGUCUCAUGCAUCAGAUAAAGUAUGUGUAAUCUUUUAGUGUAAUAGCUUUCUGUGGGGUAGCUUAUAGGGGCUUUGAAUGCUCUAGACGUCCGGUUCCUAUCACCACCACAGUGAACAAUUCUGACUGGGUAUGUUUCUCUAAAACAGCAUCCCACAUAAAACCAGUCUAAAUGACUUCAUUUACAUCUCAACAAUUUCAGUUACACUCCCAGUUUUGAGAAACAGUGGAAAUUCCCUUUUAAACUGACCCUUCUUACCACAUAUAUACACAUACAACACAGCAGGAAAAGGAACGGUCACUGGCUGUGCUGUGGCUGCAGUAAAUCUUAUCUGCUGGUUGUCUAAAAGGAAUACUGUGGCCUUACAGAUAAUGAUGCUAGUCUAAGAAACCCAAUUUGGCCAGCCCAAUGCUCCCUGAGUCAUGUUACCAUCAGAAAAAAGACUCUUUCUCCUUUUACAACAGACUGAGAAUCGUACAGUGCUACUUUGGGUUUUAGUGUUUCUAUUUCACAACUCUCUGUGGUUAGCUUGCCUGUCAGCAGUCAGUGUGUUGCCUUUAUCAAUCUACUGCCUGUAGAAGUUUCUCUUUGCACUGAUCUUAGACCUAUUUUGCCGUUAAAUUGAUCGAUGGUCAGGAGAAGGGGGUGUUCCUACAAAGUUGCAUUCAUUGGCUAGUAAGUUAAAGGAAUACUUCAUUUUUAAACCUGACUUCUAUCUUACGCACUUGUGCUGUGCUGUCAGUUAUCACAGGUGAUAAUUUCGACAUGGGUACUUAGGAAAGAACAGAAAACCUGUUGACUCAAAGUGCAGUUAUAAUAGAAUUCAGUGGGCUUCAGAAGUGGCGGAUCAGAAUUAAGCUACUGGAGUGUUUCUUGCUAACCAGUGAAUGCAGUUUCAUAGUGCACCCCUGGUCUUAGAUCUAUACAUAAAAUAGAACCUCUACAAGCAAGAAACAAAAACAUGCCUUCGAAGUGCUGAAGCUAGUCUGAGUUAACUUGUUCCUAGACGGGCGUAUACAUUAUGGUACUAGGUUCUGCUACAGAAUAAAUGGUGGGUGGAGGUUUAAUGUCAGCAGAAGUUAAUUAUUGAGAUAUAGUAUAUGUAAUGUAUUAAAUGUGUAGGUAUUUUUAAAAAGAAAUAAGAUCUUGUAUAUAAAAAAUGUAUGUAUAUUGUUCUGAGCUGUUAUUAUUGGGAUAUUAAGGAUGUUCUUUUUUUUUUUUUACUGUUUUACUUAAUCUCAAUACAAUAAAAGGCAUCUUUAUCUCUGAAA